AUGUCAUUUAAUAACGUGUUGAAAAUAGUAGUUUUUACUUUAUUGGUUGGCGUGGCUGUAAGAGGCAAUGACGAUAGUCCUUACACAGUGGAAAUCGAUAAUUUUGAAAUUAGCAAGGAAUAUGAUCAGAAAUUUGUUAAUUGGGAUACUUUGGGUUUAAAGCAAAAAGGACGCAAUAAGUUUGUAGUAAGUGGUUCGUUUACUGUGAAUUUAAAUCUAGCAAAUGAGCAAAAGGUUAAUCUACAAGUUUUUCCUUAUGACAAAGAGAAACAAGCUAAAGGACCUUUAGUUUUCAAUAUUGAAAGGGAAAUUUGCAAAUUUGUGGCCGAAGAUGAGGAUAUAUAUCCAGGCAUUAAGGAAAAGUCCAAUUUACCUGAACCUGGCUCUUGUCCUCUAUCUAAGGGAGAAUAUACUAUUGAUGAUUAUGAAAUGAAUGCUGAUUUCUUGCCAGCUGAUACUCCUAAAGGUGAUUAUCUGUUGGUGUUUUUGUUAAAGGAUGGUAUGUCUCCAGUGGCUGGUUUUACGGCUAUUAUAACGAUUUCGGAAUAAAUUGUGGAAAGUAAAAAAUAUUGAGAAUUUGAUAAAGGUGGUUAUGAAAUAUAUAUCAUUGGGGUU